GCCAGAUGUUUCUUGUUUCACGAGCGCGAAUUCCUGUCAUUAACGGAAAAACAGCAGCUCUGUGUCUCAUGGUGUGUGUGUGAGUGUGUGUGUGUGUGUGUGUGUGAAAGAGAGAGAGAGAGAGAGAGAGAGAGAGAGAGAGAGAAGUGCAGGGUUCAGUGUUGUUAUAAAGAGCACCGCUGUCUGACUCUCCAGUGCGAUUCUUUCUGUGUUGUAAAGAAACCCGAAAGUUCUUUGUCCCUCCGGUGAAGUGGCCACAGCUGGGGGAGAACAUGGAGCUGGUCAUGGAGCGAAGGCUUCUUCUGUCUGCUCUCCUGAGUGUGUGUGUGCUGUGGAGGAUCUGCUCUGCGUCUCACACUGAUCACCACAAACAGCUGAACGUGCUGCAGGACAGAAACGUCAUCGACAUUCUGGAAAUGCUGAGCACCACCCAAUCAUCUCGAGGAAUCGCAAAGGUCAAAGGUCCCGCCCCCGGCACGGCCGCUUUGCGUUUUCACUUUCACACGCCUCACCUGACCUUCCCGCUGGAUGUCUAUCAGCGCUUUAGGAGGGCGUGGCACGGAUCGCUCAGCUUGCACCUGGCUGGCCAGCAGGCUGGAGGUGCGGUGGCGACUCUGCUGUCUCUGAGCGCUCCGGGGAACACGCCGCUCUUACGCGUCAUCUCCAGCAUGCAGGAGGAUUUUCUCCAGCUGGAGAUCCACAUGACACCCAACACAAAACCCGAGGUCCUCAGAAUCCCCGGGGGAAACCCGUUCUCAGGCGGGAGGUGGGCCAGGGUGGUGCUGGGCGUGGCUCCUGGGUGGGUGUGGAUGUUCCAUGAGUGUAAAGAGGCCACGAUAGUAAAGCUUACACACCAAGGACGACCUCUGACCCUUCACCUCCCUCCUCAUGACCUCCAGGUCACCUUAGCAAAAACGGCAGAUGACAAAGUCAGCAAAUUUAGCGGUUACCUUGAGACCGCACAGAUCUCCACUACACCCUAUGAGAGACGUCCCUGGUUCUGCAAAAACGUUACCGACCCCGUCCCCUUUCCCCCUGCCCCCUACAGCUCUGUGGACUCGGAAGAGGAGCUACAGGACCAGCCAGAGCACACGGUCAACCUGGUGCUCGGUCCCCCGGCGUCUCCACAUGUCAGAGAACAGAGAACACGCCAACGGAGACAGGGAGUCAGGAACCUGGAGGAGAGACUGCACAACAUCACCGCCAUGCUGCUCAUGCUGAAACAACAGAAUGAGGACCUGCAGGCUCGGGUACGGCUUUUGGAGACCUGUGAGUGUGUGAGGAAAACCUGUGUCUGGGAGAACCAAGAGAUGAAGGAGGGAUCUCGCUGGAGGACUGACAGACACACGGAGUGUUCCUGCAUCUCCGGGAGAGUCCAGUGUGAAACUUCAAAAAAGUGUGGUGAAGGUGACAUAAUCCACAACGUCUCAUACAGCACCGUCGAUGGCUGUCAGACCUGCUCCUGUAGGAAUGGCGACGUGUCGUGUGUCGACUUGCAGAAAUGUCCUCGGUCGUGUCAGAACGGAGUGAAGCCUCCGUUUGGUUCCUGCUGUCGCGACUGCUCUCGCUGUGAAUAUCGGGGCGAGGUCGUUCCUGAAGGAGUCACGUUUACAGACCAUGAAGAUCCCUGUAAAGUCUGCGUGUGCUCUGGUGGGAACGUAAUGUGUAGCAGUGUACCCUGCCCUACACCUGACUGCAGUUUGGUGGAAACUGUCAGUGGAGAGUGUUGUCCCAGGUGUCGAAGUUGUGUCCAUGAGGGGGUGCAGCAUGAGCACAGCACACAAUGGCCGAAUCCACGAGACCCCUGCAGUGUCUGCACAUGCUCAGAGGGGCGUGUUGCGUGUACCACCAGCGUCUGUGACACCCCGUGUAGGAACCCGGUACCUUCUCCAGGAACCUGCUGCCCUACCUGUGAUCAUUGCUCCCAGAAUGGGCAAAAUUUCCGAAAUGGGGAACCAGUUCCGAGUAGAGAUCGAUGUGAGAGGUGUGUGUGUGAGAAUGGAAAUAUUAACUGUGAGCCCCUCCCCUGCCCCACCCCACACUGCUCUCAUCCAAUCAGAAGAGCCGGAGACUGCUGUCCAAGGUGUGAACAGUGUACUUAUGAGUCAGAGGUGUUUUCAGAUGGUGAGCAGUUUACUUCCAAAAAGAAUCCCUGCUUGAGCUGUUGGUGUUCAGCUGGAGAGGUUAUGUGUGAAAGUAGAGAGUCGUUGUGCCCCCCUGUACGAUGUACAAACCCCACUAGAGAGCAUGGCACCUGCUGCCCCACAUGCAACAACUGUGUUGUUCAUAACCUUGAGUAUCGUGACGGUGAGCAGUUUGUGAACCCUGUACACCAGUGUGAGCAGUGUGUGUGUCAGGACGGACAGGUGGAAUGUCAUAACCAGUGCCCCAGACCCCAGUGUAAUUAUCCCGUCACUGGGACCUGCUGCCAGAACAACUGCAACGGCUGCAGCUAUGCGGGUAAGGAUUAUCCGAAUGGAAUGGAGUUUCCUCAUCCGACAGACCCGUGCAGGGAAUGUCACUGUUUAAAUGGUAAUGUGCAGUGUAGGAGGAUUAGAUGUCCUCCUGUAAAGUGCAGUGAACCCAUAAUGACCCAGGGACAGUGCUGUCCUCAAUGUCCAGCGCCCCUUGCUGACUGUGUUCAUGAAGGAAACUCAUACAGACACACUCAGCGCUUCUCCCAUCCCACAGACAGCUGCCAGCUCUGCUCCUGCACCAAUGAGAUGGUGAACUGUCACCGUAAGCCCUGUCCCUCCGUCUCCUGCACCCACCCUGUCCAACGGGAGUGCUGUCGCACGUGUGACGGAUGUUUGAUUAAUGGUGUGGAACGUGCUAACGGAGAGCAGUUUGCGGACGCGUCGGACCCGUGUGUGAUGUGUACGUGUCGUGAAGGCAGUGUGGCGUGCGUGCAUAGAACAUGCCCGAGGGCCACAUGUCCAUUUCCUGUACAGGGAGAGUGCUGUCCGAGCUGCGACGGUUGUCAUUAUGCUGGUGUAGAUUAUUCAAGUGGACAGGAGUUCUUGGACCCCGCAGAUCGCUGUAAACACUGCACGUGUUUAAAUGGUCAUGUGACCUGCAGUCAGAGACCCUGCUACAGCCCGGGCUGCUCUCACCCGGCGCCCUCUUCUGGACACUGCUGUCCCGUGUGUGACGCUUGUUCCUAUGAUGGUGAGAUUCUGUUAAACGGACAGUCAAUACCGGACAGAACAGAGCCGUGUUCAGAGUGCACAUGCAGGAGCGGCUCAGUGCAGUGUGUGAGGAGAUUGUGUUCUGCUGCUCCUUGUCCUAAUCCUGUCACUGGACCCUGUGGCUGUCCUGUUUGUGAAGGUUGUUCCUUCGAAACACGAGUUUAUAAAGAUGGAGAAGCUUUUUCAGCACCUGAUGCAGCGUGUACAGAGUGUACAUGUUCUAGAGGUGAAGUGAGAUGUAGCCCUAAGUCCUGCCCCAGUGUGGCGUGUCUUCACCCCGCACAGGACAGUUGUAGAUGUGCCGAGUGUAACCACUGCAGGUACCGCGGGCGAGAUUAUAAGAACAGAGAACACUUUCCUCAUCCUGAAGACAACUGCCAGAGAUGCACCUGCCUGAACGGUGAUGUGUCGUGUACAGCUGUGCCGUGUCUGGAGGUGUCCUGUAGGAGGCCGGUAAGGCCCCCGGGGGCGUGUUGUCCCGUGUGUAGAGGUGUGUGUGAGUAUAUGGGGCAGGAGUACCAAAGCGGCUCCACCUUCCGCUCCCCGACUGACACCUGUUCAAUCUGCACCUGUCAGAAUGAAGAUGUGUCGUGUCAGAGGAAGCCGUGUCCUCAGCAGUGCACACACAGUGCGCUCUACUCUGACUGCUGCCCCGUGUGUGACGCAUGUUUGUACGAAGACGUGCAGUACACACACGCGCAGAGGUUCAGGCCGCGCUCUAAUGCGUGUAUAGAAUGCGUGUGUGAGAGAGGGAGCGUCACGUGCAAUCAGGUCCCCUGUCCUAUAUCCAGUUGUCAUAAUCCAGUCACUCCUUCAGGACAGUGCUGCCCCGAGUGCAGAGGGUGUGUGCAUAACGGUAUUGAGUACACAGAGGGGAAGAGGUUUCGUGUUCACACUGACCACUGUUCUGAGUGUGUCUGCCAGAAUGGUGAGAUGAGCUGUGCGCAGUCUUAUUGUGCACCCUUAAAGUGCAUGCACCAGGUUACUGAUCCAGACUCCUGCUGCCCAAGAUGCCGAGGGUGUGUGUAUGACGGAGUUGAACACUCUGAGGGCAGUACCUGGUUCGCCUCCAGUAGUCCCUGUAUGUCCUGCAUGUGUGUGGAUGGAGUCACCACCUGCUCGGAGAUCCAGUGUCUCUCUCCCUGCAUCAAUAAGAUCAGUGUUCCUGGAGAGUGUUGUCCUCUGUGUGCAGACUGCAUCUAUGAAGGUCGUGUGUAUGGACCAAGGGAGAGCUUUCAUCCAUCAGAUGAUCCCUGUCAGAUCUGCACAUGUGAGGUGAUGCCAGAUGGGCAGCAGCACCUGCGAUGUUACAGGAAGCAGUGUCCCCGUCUGGUGGACUGUCCCAAAAACAAUAUAAUGUUCAGCAGUCCUGACUCUUGCUGUCCAGUGUGUGCACAGCCUCUCAGCAUCUGCACAGAAGCACUGAUAGGAAAUGAAGUUCUCGCUACGGACGACCCCUGUUUCACCUGCCAGUGCAAAGAUCUAACAUGGACAUGUGUCCACAAAUCCUGUCCUUUGCUCAGCUGUCCUCCAGAUGAACAGUACACACCACCUGACUCCUGCUGUCCCGUCUGUGAUGUGUGUGUGGUGGAGGGAGGGAGACGGCGUGUGAACAACGGACAGCGCUGGACUGAUAGCGAAGAUGAGUGUAUCACCUGCUCCUGCAAACUGGGACAUAUAGAGUGUAAUAUAGAGGAAUGUGCUCCGCUUGUGUGUGAGGUCGGAAUGCUGAAGGUCAAAAGCCCCGGAAAGUGUUGUUAUGAAUGUCAAGCCAACGUCAGGGCUCAGUGUGUGUAUGAGGGACAGGCGUAUGAUUCUAAUGUACAGUGGGAUGUGGAUGAAUGCACUUCCUGCACGUGUGUGUCCGGAGACGUGCAUUGCCAAACCGAGAGAUGUCCAGCCGUGUCCUGUGCUUCGGAUGAAACUCCGUCUGUGAUUCCCGGGAUGUGUUGUCCACGCUGCAUCCCGCGUCCCGCCACCUGCAUCGUGUUCGGAGAUCCUCACUAUCGCACGUUCGAUGGCAAGAUGGUGAACUUCCAGGGGACGUGUACCUACGUUUUAGCGCAGGAUUGUGAGGGCGGGAACUUCAGUGUUCAUGUGACGAACGAUGAUCGCGGCCGUAAGGGUGUAUCCUGGACUAAAGAGGUGACGGUGUACAUCAGGGAUAUUGUGAUACAGCUGCUGCAGGACUGGGUGGUGAAGGUCGAUCGUCAAACCAUCACGCUGCCGUUCCUUAAAGAGCCGUAUAUUUACCUGGAGCGCAAAUCCAACACCAUCCUCCUCAACACCAACGUUGGCAUGAAGGUGAUGUGGAAUGGACGUUCUCACCUGGAGGUCAGUGUUCCAGGCACGUAUAAGAAGCACAUGUGUGGUCUGUGUGGAAACUUCAACAACUAUCCUCAGGACGACAUGCAGCUGCGUAACGGCCAGAUCGCCACCUCAGAGACGACGUUCGGAAACAACUGGAAGGUGGUCAGUGGGAAUGACAUGAGCACCCGGUGCGCAGAUGCGAGGGACAUCGACCCGUGUAAAGUGGCUGGAUAUUCCUUUCGUAAGACGGCGAACAGUCGCUGUGCGGUCCUAAAGUCCGCCGUGUUCGAGCGCUGUCACCGGGUGGUGCCUCCAGAGAUGUUCUUCGCCUCGUGCGUGUACGACCUGUGCGCCUGCGCAGCCAACGCAGACGAGUGUCUGUGUGACGCUCUGGAGGCGUACGCUUCUGAGUGCCGCGAGGCCGGAGUCGUCUUACAGUGGAGAUCACCUUCCCUCUGCGCUGUGGGCUGUCCUGUGGAUCGUGGUUAUGUUUUUGAUGAAUGCGGUCCUCCGUGUCCUAAAACCUGCUUGAACAAGGACGUGCCGCUGGGUGUGAUCGAGGCGCACUGCUUUAAACCGUGCGUUCCAGGCUGCCAGUGUCCCGCUGGACUGGUGGAGCACGAAUCCCACUGCAUUUCCCCGGAAAAAUGUCCCAAAAUCAUCCACGGAAACCCCUGAGCUCCUCGGAUCUCCUGUAAAUCCACAGGACUGACCGUUCUCUAUCACGACCCCCUGAUUAUCCCCAUCCCUGAAUUGUCUACGUCACUCUCUCCUCUCCACUAAUAGCUGGUGUGCGGUGGGAGUUCUGGAGCAACAUGGCUGCCGUCGCAUCGUCCAGCCCCAACCCCCCCCCCCCCCCCAUACUAUAUAACUGUAACUGUAACUAACUAACUAACAGGACUGUACCGGAACUGAACCUGCACUGAGGUCACCAUUUUUACUCGUGAUUUGUCUUUAAGCAAUGUGUUGCAUUAUGGGAAUUCCGUAUCUUCUGUGGUUUAUGGUUCAGACACCGCUGCUGGAUGUAGAUGUGCUCAUAUUCUUGGACCUUGUGUUCAGCAUAUAAGCUUAAAGGGGCCGUGUGUAAUAUUUCGAGCUGUCCCCUUUCCGCAGACUGACUUCACCCACUCUUUCUAAACUGCGUACACAUCGUAAGUUUCUAUUUGCAGAAAGGGAGUGGUGCUGAGCAGAUCCGUUAUUAUUGUGGGCGGGGCUAAUUUCAGGGCCAGAAAUUUUAACAAAGCCUGAAUUUAAGAAAAUUAGAAAUCAAAGUAUUUUUGGAAUGGAUUGAUUGUUACAGACGUAGGAAUAUUAUAUAAUAAUGUUACAAACUGCACCUUUAAAACCGGUGUGAAAAGUCCGUCCUACGUAAUAUGUUACGAUUGGUUUAACUUUAAAACGUUUUAUAUUGUGAGAGCUUCACCUUACAAAAAAAAUAUACAAAAAUAUAGAAAACGCACAAACUAAUGAUCAGGUGUAAGUUUUAAGGCGUAACCUAAAGCUACGUUGAGGACGUUUCACUGUGUGACUCAGUACAGUGAGAAUUUACUCUCAGGCUACAAUCAGAAAAUACUUAUUUCAUUUAGACUUCUCAGGUUCUGCUUACAAAUAAAUAAAGUUCUUAGCUUCAGUAUUUUUUCCUUUGUUUACGAGCAAAAUCACAUUUCUGUGCAUUUUAAGGUGUUUUUUGUUAACUGUGUUUAAAAUAUCCGAUCAACACCAAAUCACACCAUGAGAGAGUCUAUUAGUGUAAUUCGCUCAGUAAUAAAUGAACUUUAAUACUAACUCCGCCCCUAAUCCUAACCUUAACCUUAACCUCUGUAGCUGAUCAUCAAGUGUGAAAAUGUGAAAGAAAGAAAACACACACACACACACACACACACACACACACACACACACACACACACACACACACACACACACGCGCGCGCGUUCCGACUUACAGUUUUAGCUAAAAUAUUAGAAAACUGCUUUAUGUACGUUUACAUAACUGUUUUGAAAGUUUUUUUUUUUUUUUAAUUCUAUAAUAUUUACAACCUAAUUUUUUUUUCUUUACAUUUUUGGUGAGAUCUCUCUGUGGUGCUGCCGCUGUCCCUGAUCAAAAUGUACAAGAGUUAAAGCUCAGAAACACCUGAAAGUAUUGUAGAAAAACGUCCGUGAUAAUAAAACUGUUCCGUUUCCGCUGCAUCACAGGAGUCAGCGUUAAACAUACUGACUUUCACCGAUGGAGGUUUUUACUGCUGUACUGGAGAAUAUUCGAGUGUAUCACUGUCUCUCAGCGUCACUGUAGACAUCAUGUUCUUCUUCUUCUUAUUCAUCACCUUUAAGUCACAUUUAGAACAGAGUUACGGUCAUUAUGUGUGACCGGAUAAAAUGUACAGGUGCUAACUCUGUAGUACAAAUAAUACAAAUGAAAUAUGACUUUAAAUAAUAAACACUUGUUUACUCUUGACUUUA